UCAUUUACCUGUAACCGACUGGCUUUUUCUUACUAUAAAAACCCCCACAGCAUCCUCCCGAAUCAACAACACGUCUCGAGUUCGAUUCGUAAUGGAUUAUUCCACGUCCCGAGUUCGAAUCGCCAUGGAUUUUUCCACCCUUUUCUUCCUUUUCACAGUCGCUGCAAUACUCGCGUAUGGCGCUGGGGCGAGACGUCCUGGCGAUGAUUUCAUCGAAUCCUCCUGCAAAAUCACUCGUUACCCCAAUUUGUGCGUGGCGUCUCUCCGAUCUUACGCGCCCUCUCUGCAGGCAAAGCGGAGCCAGAAAGAGCUCGUGAAGGCAGCCGUCAAAGUUAGCCUGCAGAACUCCAGAAACAUGACGGUCUGGGCUGCCAGGCUCUCCAGAAGAGCCGGUGAUCUCAGUAAAAGAGAGCGCGGGGCGCUCCGUGACUGCCUGGAGAAUUUUGACGACACCUCGGAGCAGAUCAGGGAGUCUUUGGCCGAGCUGAAGCAUUUGAGGUCUGAUACAUUCAAGUUCCAGAUGAGCAACGUGCAGACUUGGAUGAGCGCGGCGCUUACGAACGAAGACAGCUGCCUUGAUGGCUUUCAGGAUGUCGGCAAAGGUAGGGUUAAAGUGCUCGUAAAUGGACGGGUUCAGCACGCCUGCGAGCUCAUCAGCAAUGCUCUGGCUUUGGUUAACAAGCUUGCAGGUUCUACUACAGGUUAUUGAAAGGGUUUCGUCAAAAUCUGUGUUGUAUUGUAAUAUUAUGUAUGCUUUUUUUCGCUCCUCUGUUUUCCCCUGUAAAUUAAUGGUUUAAAACUAUUAAUGACAAAAUUUUGUAUUGCGCUUGUACUUAGGGCUUGUGUUCUUGAGGAAAGGUUAGAGUCCUUUAGGAGAAUGUUAGGACUUUACAGUCCUCUGUUAUCCCCUGUAAUUUAACGUUUUGAAACUAUUAAUGACAAAAUUUUGUAUUGCGCUUGUACUUAA